AUGAAUUACCAACCUAAACUCUCAGGCAAUACCAAAAAUAUAUCAACCUUCAGGUUACCUCCCAAGACUUUCAGAGGAAACAGGAGGAGUGUGCAUACAAGUCCUUCUUAUUACUCUCAGACUCCGCGUUUGAGUGACGAAGAUAAACAGAAAUGUAAUUUGUUACUCAAGGAAUAUGUCAAAUUACAAAGGCAAAACAUUAAGUUUGCGGAUACUAAAUCUCAGAUGUUAAAUCAAAGCUUGAAGGCUUCACUGAUAGAGAAAUCUGAAAGAGCUAAAGCUGAAUACAAACAACUAAUCAGAAAGUACAGAAUGAUGUAUAACAAUAAGCCAUCCAGAGUUAGAACUAGGAGUAUAAUCCAGUUCAAAUACAAGGGUGAUGAGACUAUUGAUAUGGAAGAUCUGAGAAGGAGACAGAGGGAGAGGAAGAAAAGAGCAGAAAUUAGAAAAGGAAAAUGCUUAUCAGGCCAGAAAAGCAGUUUAAAAUAAUGUCUUUAAGAAGACACCCUUUAGCUUGAAUGAAGAUAAUAAAGAACAAGAUAAAUUUGUGAGUAUUGGAAAGAAGGGGCCUGUUCCAAUCCAUAGUUUUAAGCUAAACCUUAAAACUGACUUUAGAAAGGAGACCAUGCCUAUUAUUAAUUUCAAAAAGACUGAGUCAACUCCUUUAUUAGAGAAGAAUAAACUUGAAGCUUCUAAUACUUUUCUCACUAAUAUAGGAGAAGACCUUUCAAAAAAACUAUCAAAUGAAGAUAAGAGCAAUAAUAGCCAGAAGGAAUCAACCACCAAACAUCAUCCUCAUAGAUACUAUAAUUUUCCGAUAAGAAAGUAAAGAAAGAAAUGAAAAUAGUUUAAUGAACGAUGAUCUGAUCCAGCCAAAAGAUAUUCAAAAUGACUUAAUCCCAACUGAGCCUACUUGAUUAGAUAUUGCAUCUGUACCUGUUGAAGAGAAACCAGAUGCAGAGAAAGAAACAACAAUCCAUACAAGCAUUUACUCGGCAAAUAAUCUGCCAAAAACUGCAGUCCAGCCAAAAAGAAAAAUUGAACCAUUAAUUUAUGAAGUUGAAUAUGAACGAUGAAAAGUUAGUAAAAAUAGAGGCUAUAAGGAGUUCAUCGAAGAUAUCAACAAAAGACAGAGCGAAAGGAAGAACCAGAGGAAGAUCCACUUUAAUAAGAGCACAGAACCCACUGGCCAGUAUGUACAGCAAUAUUUCGUUAGACAACUCGGGUAUUCACUCCCUAAAUAA